AUGUCCUCUUUCAUUUGCUCUCUUGUCCUUCUGUUGCUGGCUCCAUUGGCAUCCUGCCAUGGUCAUCAUGGUGGAACUGUCUUGGUCCUGGGCGCGACCGGACGCACUGGUUCCUUGCUGUACAAAGACCUAAAGAAAACGAGCCGCCACGAAGUGCGAGCCCUGAUACGAAGUACGGACAAGGCCCGAGAUAUUCUAGGCUGCGACAAGUGCGACGAGUCCGAAGGAAUCUACUUGGGCGAUAUCACCAAUGUGACAUCAAUGAUACCGGCCUUUGAACAUGUCCAAACGGUAGCCAUUGCCACCGGAUUGAGUGGGAGAGGAUCGCCCACGCAGGAAGUCAUUCGCUCCAUCGAAUUCGACGGGAUCCAGAAUGCUGUGAAGGCACUGGCACAAGAAACCAACAUUCAAGCCUACGGCGGUGUGUCCAAUCUUCGAGUGGUAUUGUGCAGUUCCAGGGGAACCACGACACCUAGCAGCGGUGUUUUCGGAGAUAUUCUAUUCUACAAGUUAAAUGCCGAGGUAUUCUUGGGUAGCAUUGGCAUGACCACCUCGAUUGUCAAGCCUUGUGGGUUGUCCACUCAAGCGGGUCAAAAUCGUACACUGAAGGACCGGGAACCAAAGAUCUACCCAGCCUUAUUGAGUCUGCCAAAUGGAAAUGGCAGCAACAAGAUGACUCGGGGAAGCAUACGCAUCACCACCAUCACCAUUCAAAGGAAAGCCGACGUUCCCUGCAAGAAUUGA